CUUCCACAUCGCGUGAUCCGCUGCGAGUAGCGUAUUUUCCUGGGUGAGAGUAUUUCAACGUGUGCAAACAAAACAGUCUGGAUGUUGUUUUGAACACGUCGUCGGAAUUCGUAUCGUUGCGAGGUCCGCGAGCCGCUUGUACAAUCAGUGAAACCCGAAAAUAAAAUUUCCGCAAUGUUGGUAUGAAGAUCGUUCCAGAACUUGUGCUGGGCGCAAACACAGAACGCCGAAGAUAUCAACCUCUUCAAUCGAGUGGGAGAGAGAGAGAGAGAGGGAGAUAGCAAGUGUCUUAUAAAAGAUUCACUGAGAAUCAUUGACCAUUAAGUGUUAAUCCAGAACUUAGACUAGCCGUCACCAUGAAGUACACGUUCGCCUUCAUCCUGAUCGCCCUGUUCGCGGUGAUCGUCGUGUCGCACGCAUAUCCUCAAGAAGCAGCCGCCACUUCAAAUGAAGGUGCCUCGAUGGAGGUGAAGCUUACCGCGGAGGAGGAAGCAGCAAUCGAGGCUAUGGGAGGCCGUUCGUUGUGGAGGAGUUUUGCCAAUGGUGCUGUUCGGAUUGCAGCGUUUCUGUUUCCCGAAUUUUGGAUAAAGUGAACACGAUGGUCGGUACUAACCGCGUAUAUGUGAAUAAAUUGGUUAUUUGAUGGAUUUUAGAUAAGAAAA